AUGGAUGGGUUCGGCGGUGAUGGCACCAGGGAUUUUUCUCCUAGCCGAACUUGUACUCCUCCCCUGUCGACGGCUUCGACAUCUUCUCCGACGCGGCGGGCCUCCAUCCGGGCUCAAGCUCCGUCCAUGGUCCCCGGAUCGGCCUUGAGGGACUCGACCUCAACUCGCAGUCGGAGAGCUGGCCCCAUAUGGCGGCAUACCAGGACUACCUGCAGUCGGGCGGUGAAGAUGGAGGCAAUGCCGGCACCAUGGGCUUCCCUCCCUCUCAACCCCACAGCGGUAAUCGAACCCUGGGGGUUACUUGCGGCUCGCAACAGCAACGGAGGAGGCACCAUUCCCGGCCGCGAUGGAGGGCGCUCAGAGCCUUUGGCCUCCGGUCAUGUCCAUCGCGCUCCCAAGCCACCGGUUGCCCCCAGCGGCCGUGACAUGUCCUUGGUGCCUCCCAGAUCAGGAAGCCGUGCCGCAGUUCGCGGUGGCGGACGACGCGGUGAAGACGAGGACGAUGGAGCUGACAACGGUGUUGAAAAGAUUUUUCAGAGCGCUCAGGAUGUGGGUGGGGAGACUAACUCAAGUGAUGAUGAACUUGUGAAGCUUAUACUUGAGGAGGAGGAACAUGAAAGGGAGGUCAUGGAUGGUCUGCUCAUGUUUGGUAUGUACCAUGACACUUACUUCAACAAAGCUAAGAGGAGGAAGACCAUUGAAACUGGUCAUGCUUGGGUUAUUAGAAAUCUAGACAAUAGUACCAAAUGCUAUAACAUGUCCAGAAUGAGUAGACCAUUAUUUGAUCGUCUUCAUGAUCUGUUGGUGGAAUCAUAUGGCCUAAAGUCCACAAAAAAAGUAGUUUGGUAG